UGGCUGUCGAAACUUUGACCGUCGUAAGUGCGACGAGCAUUGCCCCCCACCACUCCUACUCUCUCCUUCUACUAUUUCUUUUUAUUAUUUAUUAUUUACUUUAAUUCUCAACAGUAUAUACAUAUGGAGUCGUAGAUUCAAAAAGCUAUAUAUUUGCUUUUCGCAACGGAAAAAAAUAAUUGUUCACAACGGCUCCAGUUCAACCCAUUUUUUCCUGUACGGUUCCAGAUUCUUCCGAGUGUUUUGUUCUGGAAGGAAUUAACUUCAUUUUCUGAGUAAUUAAUUGUACAAACAUGGAUAAAGCAUCGUCUGAUUGUCCAUACCCAGGAUGUUUCUUCUGUGUCUUGAAGGAAGGAAACCCAAGUAAGCGCAGAGGAAGUAUACUGAAAUUCUUUCGGGAACUUCCUUCACAGGACGAUGAUGGACAGGUUCUCCCAAUUAGCGGCCUUUGGAACACUGCCAUGGCACAUCCCAAUGACCCCGAGUUCAUCGAGCUCGGAAUAUUUGAAUGCAUGACAGCAUUAAUUUGGAAGGGCUUAAGGAAUCGCCGUUGGCUUUCUCAUGACCAAAAUAUAUACAUUCCCUAUUAUGCAGCACAUAUAAUUGGAUCCUACACUAUGAACAUGGAAGAAUUUGCUGAGAGUGCAGUACAUGCUGGGGUUAUCCCACCCUUAGUUGAACUUUUAAGAGGGAGAUUAACUUGGGUUGAACAGAGAGUGGCUGUGCGUGCUCUCGGCCAUUUGGCUACAUAUGCCACCACUUUUCUUUCUGUAGCAAGUAAUGGUGAGAUUCUUGAGCUUUCCAUUCAACUAGCGAUGAAUUCACUUGAAAUUGUAUACUCUCACUUUUACCAGUAUGUUGAUAGAAGGCCAAGUUAUCAUUGUGAUCUACUUACGCGUGGAAUGGGCGGUGUUGAAAUGGAGUCGAGGAAGGCUGAGGAAUGGGCUAGUCAGUUGCAAUGUUGGUCCCUUCAACUUAUUAAUUGCUUCGCUUUCAAACCAGAAUUUCUCUCUACCAUAUGCAAACCGGAAUUUUUGAUAAAACUUCCAGGCAUGUGGGGUGGGCUUGUUAAUGAAGCCUCACCAGCGGGUAUUGGUUUAUUACGAACAAUUUGUCAUCAUAAGCUCGGUAGGGGACCCGUGGCUAGCUGUCCUGGUAUUAUUGAAGCUCUGUGUAAUAUUGCGUGCUCUUCAGAUGAUUGGCAAUAUAUGGCUAUUGACUGCCUUCUAUGGUUGCUCCAAGAUCCAAUUUCCUGUCAUAAGGUAAUUGAUAAGGCAGUACCUGCACUUGUGGACCUUGCAGAGAUCUCAACCUUGGGGGAUAACAAAAAGGUUGGGGAUUCCAUUGUUAAUGUUCUUCAGGAAUGUAUCCAAGGAACAGGACAUAACUCUCUCAGUAGCCACACAAAAGAACAGAUUGAGGAAAUCUUGCAUUCUAGACAAAGGUUAAAAUGGGAAAAGAACAUUCCAAAAGAAGAUCUCCAUAUCAAACAGGCAGCAUCACUAGUGGUAAAGCUCGAAGGAAAUUCCUUGUUCUCAUCUGGAAAUAUAUCUGGAGCAGCAUCAAAGUACUCUGAAGCAUUGACAUUGUGUCCAAUGCGAUCCAAGAAAGAGAGAGUUGUGUUGUACAGUAAUCGAGCUCAGUGUCAUCUUUUAUUGCAACAACCCUUGGCUGCCAUAAGCGAUGCUACACGUGCACUUUGUCUUCAUAACCCUGUCAAUCGUCAUGCUAAAAGCCUUUGGAGAAGAGCUCAGGCUUAUGACAUGCUUGGGUUAGCUAAAGAAAGCUUGUUAGAUGCUAUUCUUUUCAUAAAUGAGUGCUCUCAAUCAGCCGAUCCUGACCUCUCAUUGAGGCAAAACAAGGUCCCCGACUAUGCUGAGCGUUUAGUCAAGAAGCAGAUGCGUGCGGCUUGGUUAUUUAGAGAGGCCGCCAUUAAACAUGGGGGUGUUCACUGUGAAGGCAAUGCUGGCAACAUCUAUGGCCAAGAGACUGAUGAUUCUGAAUGGGAGACGGCAAGUGAAAGUGAUAUGGGGAAUGAUGGAAGGGAUGAAAUGGGCAAUGAUGAUUGUGAUUGGAAGAAUGAUGAUGAAAGAAUAGACAAGUUUGAUAAACCUUCUAUAAAAGACAUGAAGCAUGGAUAUAAUGUGCAGCUUGUGGAGGAUGAGCCGUGAAUUUUGGAUGAUUGCAUAUGUCUUUAAUGUGCAAGCAUGCUCCAACAUGGAGGAUUUUGAUCAAUGAACAAAGCAACUAUGAAUUGUGUGAUAUUCGGUGGGUUUGGUAUCUUUCAGUUCCCAGCAGCCAAUAUUGUCUUGUUUAGUCUUGCUUGUGGCAAAAGAGUUUUUUCUUGGUUAUGUUUAAACUUGUUUUGUAUUCCCAAUUUUUUCAUGUUAAACUAGCUGACAAAUAAUAGGAGAAAAGAAAAGAAAAGAAAAGAUAGAGUUUAGAGGUUGUGAAGUUUUAAAUUUUGUUUUUCAUUUGAGUGAUUCAAGGGGCUUGUGUACAUAUAAACCUUCCGGGGGGGAUUUUGAUUGAAUGUAUGAAUGAUAAUUAUGAUUUUCUUAUAUUAUUGACCA